AUAGGUACAAUUUCGUCAAUUGGUAAUGUUAGGUCAAUUAGUAAAUCAUCCAAUACUAUUGCCGUGUCAGCAUUAACAGCACAAACAUCAAGUAAUAGUAUACAGUGUGGUUGUGGAACAAGUGGUGGCAAAUUGUUAGUUGGGGAUAUUUUUAUUUACACUGGUGCAUUUAUUGGCUCUUUUAUGGUUAGUUUUGGUUCUUUGAUUAACAACAUCGCAGGAAGUAGCCGAGGGGGAUGCGGCUGUAACUAA